AUGAGCUCGGGCAGCUUGAGACAGGCCGCUGAAGCUGCGAGAACUCGCUCCUCUGAGGUCAUGGGCCCUGCCAAGAACGAGACGGUCGCCGUCGCCAACGACUUUCUCCACUCUCCUCUCGUCCGUACAGCACUGCCCUUCAUCAAUGGAGGCAUCAGCGGCAUGGUCGCCACCACUGUCAUCCAGCCCGUCGACAUGGUCAAGGUCCGUAUCCAGCUCGCCGGUGAGGGUCUCGCCGGCGGCCCCAAGCCUGGCCCCCUCGCCGUAGCCCGUGACAUUGUGGCCUCGGGCAAGGUCCUCGACCUGUACACUGGCCUCUCGGCCGGUCUUUUACGACAGGCCGUCUACACCACGGCGCGCCUCGGCUUCUUCGACACCUUCAUGGGCAAGCUCACGGCCCGCGCCAAGGAGCAGGGCCGUUCCAUAGGCUUCUCCGAGCGCGCCACCGCCGGCCUGUCUGCUGGUGCCAUCGCCGCCAUGCUGGGCAACCCCGCCGAUCUGGCUCUCAUUCGCAUGCAAUCCGACGGCCUCAAGCCCCUUGCCGAGCGGAAGAACUACAAGUCAGUCAUUGAUGCUCUUUCGAGCAUCGCCAAGUCCGAAGGUGUCACGGCCCUCUGGUCUGGUGCCGCGCCCACCGUCGUCCGUGCCAUGGCUCUCAACUUUGGUCAGCUCGCCUUCUUCUCCGAAGCCAAGUCGCAACUCAAGCAGAACGCCGGUUCUACCCUGAGCCCCCAGACCCAGACCCUCGCCGCCUCGGCCAUUGCCGGUUUCUUCGCCAGUUUCUUCUCCCUGCCCUUCGACUUUGUGAAGACGAGGCUGCAGAAGCAGUCGCGGGGUGCCGACGGCAAGCUUCCCUACAAGAGCAUGGCCGACUGCUUCGUCAAGGUGACCAAGCAGGAGGGUAUCCUGCGGUUCUACCGCGGAUUCGGAACCUACUACGUGCGCAUUGCGCCGCAUGCGUAA